GAUAAAGACCUCUGCCGGAGGAGUGACUUGUGCUCUGCUUUAUCCUACAGCAGCCGCCUCCUUUCUAUCUCUCUCUCUCUUUCUCUCUUUCUUAAGUCAACAUGCCCCCUAAGAAGCCCGAACCUAAGAAGCCCGAACCCAAGAAAGAGGAGCCCAAGCCAGCACCUAAACCAGCAGAGCCGGAGCCCCCCAAGGAACCUGAAUUUAAUCCAGCUAAUGUCAAAGUUGAAUUCACACCUGAACAGAUUGAAGAAUUUAAGGAAGCCUUCUCGCUUUUCGACAGAACUGCUGGCACAGAGAUGAAAAUCACAUAUGCCCAAUGUGGAGAUGUCCUCAGGGCUUUGGGGCAGAAUCCAACCCAAGCUGAGGUCCUAAAAGUCCUUGGUAGGCCCAAACCAGAAGAAAUGCAGUCCAAAAUGAUUGACUUUGAAACCUUCCUGCCGAUGCUCCAGCAUGUCUCCAAGACCAAAGACACUGGCACCUAUGAGGACUUUGUGGAGGGCCUGCGGGUUUUCGACAAGGAGGGGAAUGGGACUGUCAUGGGGGCUGAGCUCCGCCAUGUUUUGGCUACGCUGGGUGAGAGGCUGACUGAAGAGGAGGUUGACAAGCUAAUGUCUGGUCAGGAAGAUGCCAAUGGCUGCAUCAACUAUGAAGCUUUUGUGAAGCACAUCAUGACCAACUGAAUGCCAGGACAAGACCGACUCUGCCGAAACCCCGACACUGGCCUUGGAUUUCGACGUAACGGAAUGUCUCUUCGUUUUCCAGCCCAGAUUCCUGCUACAAAGCUACACAAUGUACCAGCCCUGAAGUUAUUUGGAUAGAUAUAUUUCUUAUUCAUGGGAGGAAAUUGGCCUCUGCCAAGACACAAAACAAAUGGAAAUCAGAAGGCAUUAGGGUCUAACUUAUGGGUACCUGGGCAGUCUCAUUAUUCUUUAAUGCCAGAGAUAAAACAGCACCUUGAUAUAUCUAGACUGGGUGGAUGGAUAUUUCACUUAUUUCAUACAUGGUUGCACCAAAAAAGAAUUUGACAAUUAGAAAUUUAGCAGGAUUUUUUUCCCAGAUCUUUGAGUCUGCGUCUCCUACCGAAACUCAAGGGUUCAAUGUCAGCUCAGAAAUGUGGGUUCUCCUAUGAAAGGGGCAAAAUAGAGUAGAUUUAAGUCUCGUUACUGCAAAGAUCUCUGCUAUGCAAAUAAUAUUUUCUGGUGCGGGAACAUAUUUAGGAAAAGUGUUCAAGACUGAUGUUGAAUAGCCACCCAUCCACCAGGGAAAACAACCUAAUUCUCAAACUUUUGGGGUCCAGAAAGCACCACAAUGAGGUGCAAGAUCUAGAUUUGGGGUGAAACAUCAUAUUUUUAACCUAAUUGCAACUAUUUUAUACGGGUUGCCAUAUGGUAUAUCUUUUCACCUGGGUUACUUGGUACAACAGUCCCAGUGACGGUGUAAGUGAAACAUCCAUCUCAGUUCAGACCAGACAAUUUUCUAAUAUCCACUCCUUGCUACUGUAGCUUUUCUCAUUAAAACAUUCUUUUCUCAGG